AUGGCUCCUCCCCGCAGUUCCACCCCCAAUUCCAGUCCUUCCGAUCCUGUUUGCGAUCAAGCAAGCCCCUACUAUGUACAUCCCAGUGAUGGUCCUUCUUCAUUCUCCAUCACUCCGGUUCUUAGUGGAUCCAACUACCAUAGCUGGGUGCAAUCAAUGCGCGUAACUCUUGGAGGAAAGAUGCAAUUUGAUUUUGUUGAUGGCACGAUCCCUAUUCCUACAGAUCCUUUUGAACCAUCUUUUUUGUGCCAGGACUCGAUGGAACAUGUUGGUUCAUUUUUGGAUUAUGCGCUCUGUAUCAGAAUCCAUUUGUCGUUCGAUAGUGUUCAUGGAGAACGCCAUUUAUGUUUGGAAUGA